AACUACUCACCGAUUGUCAUGCGCGAGAGUUUGUUGUUUCGAUUGAUGAAAAGUGAACGUGUAGAACGACUGACAGAUGUUAGAUGCUAGGCACUCGGUCCUGUUUUAUUUAAACCCUAGUGAAUCGAAGUAGUGUUCUAGUUAAUAAGUUCCGAUCAGGAUUACAUACCGGGGCAGCUAGAAAACAAGUGCACAAUUUGCUCCCAUUGAUUAUUGUAAAGUGUAAGAAUGAGCGGCGAAGGAACCAGCACGAAGAAGCAGAAGACCUGCAUGCAAGUAGCUACGAAUGUCACAGAGCAAAAACAUCAUGUUACAAGAGAAAUCAGAGGCAGAAAUUUGGGACUGUGCAGAGGUUUUAGAGGGUGCACAGUUUGGUUAACAGGUUUAAGUGGCGCAGGAAAAACUUCUAUUGCUUUUGAGUUAGAAGCGUUUCUAGUUUCUAGGGGGAUUCCCGCUUAUGGCCUAGAUGGCGACAACGUACGUACAGGCUUGAAUAAAAAUUUGGGAUUUACUCCCACGGAUAGAGAAGAAAACAUUCGACGAGUUGCUGAAGUAGCAAAAUUAUUUGCUGACAGCGGUGUUGUAGCAAUUUGUAGCUUCGUUUCACCAUUCAGCGAUGAUCGUGAUAUGGCAAGAAAAAUCCAUAAAGAUUCGGAUUUGAAGUUCUUCGAAAUUUUUAUUGAUACACCCUUAUCAGUAUGUGAGUCGAGAGACGUUAAAGGGCUUUAUAAGAAGGCUAGAGAAGGUUCAAUUCAAGGAUUUACAGGGGUCACACAAGAGUACGAACAACCUGUAAAACCUGAUUUAGUAGUGAAUACCGAAGGUUUCACGGUUUGGGAGUCUACAUACAAUGUCAUUAAGUUAUUGGAGAAGGAAAAUGUUAUACCUCCUAAUCUUCACGAUCUUACUCAGAUACCCGAGCUGUUCGUUCCAGCUGCACGUAAAUUAGCCGCCUUACACGAAGCAAAAUCUCUACCAAUAUUGCAGAUUACAAAAGUAGAACUUCAAUGGGUUCAAAUACUAUCAGAAGGAUGGGCCUAUCCUUUGAAAGGAUUUAUGCGGGAGCAAGAGUACUUACAGGCACUCCAUUUCAAUUGCAUUUUUAAUGAAGAGGGAACUGUUCGAGAAAAUCAAUCAGUUCCGAUUGUGCUGUCCGUGUCAGAAGAUAGGAAGGAAGAGUUAGAAGGCAUAAGUGCGCUGACAUUGAUGUAUGAGGAUAAACCGAUUGCUAUCCUUAGAAAACCAGAGUUUUACUACCAACGGAAAGAAGAGCGCGUAUCCCGUCAGUUUGGUACAAGUAAUCCAUUCCAUCCUUAUGUGAAGAUGGUUUAUGAGUCCGGUGAAUAUUUAGUUGGUGGUGAUUUGGAAGUUUUCGAACGAAUACGCUGGAACGACGGGCUUGAUCAGUACCGCUUCACACCCAACGAACUCAGGCAGAAAUAUGCAGAAAUGAAUGCUGAUGCGAUAUUUGCCUUUCAAUUACGUAAUCCUAUACAUAAUGGACACGCCUUACUUAUGCAGGAUUGCAAGAAACAACUGCUAGAAAGAGGUUUCAAAAAGCCUGUUCUCCUUCUGCAUCCUUUGGGUGGCUGGACAAAAGACGAUGAUGUUCCACUUGAUGUUAGGAUGGCGCAGCAUGAUGCAGUCUUGGAUUCAGGUGUUUUGGACCGUAAGGACACAAUUUUGGCGAUUUUCCCGUCACCGAUGAUGUACGCAGGUCCAACGGAAGUUCAAUGGCAUGCUAAAGCAAGGAUGAAUGCUGGAGCUAACUUCUACAUUGUGGGACGCGAUCCAGCUGGAAUGCCACAUCCCGAUAAGCAGUUGUAUCCCGAUGGCAAUUUAUUUGAUGGUACCCAUGGUGCCCGAGUACUCAAAAUGGCUCCAGGGUUAGAUAGAAUUGAGAUUUUACCAUUCCGCGUAGCAGCUUACGACAAAAGUAUAUCAAAAAUGGCAUUUUUUGACGAGAAACGAUCCCAGGACUUCGAAUUCAUUUCGGGUACGAAAAUGCGUACUUUGGCCAGAACUGGACAAAAUCCACCGGAUGGCUUCAUGGAACCAAAAGCUUGGAAGAUCCUAGCAGAAUACUAUCAAUCACUGAACUCCUCAUGUAUUAUGUAGAAACAUUUCAUUACGAGAUUAGAUGAACAUUGGCAGCAUUCGGUGUUAUGCAGAAACACAUAAGUUUAAGUGCAAUUACAUUUUAAUUUAUUGACACGGUUCGUGUGAUAGUCUUAAAUCACGACACUCACCAAUAUCACAGAGUGAGUUCCUGCAGAGAACGGAAUCGAAUAUUUAGUAAAGAAUUUCUCCAGUACGCAUUGUUUUCCACUCACAUUAUGUCUUCAGUUAGAAAUCUAAUUUCUUUUCUGUAGCUAGGAAAAAAUAGUCGGAUAGUCAGAAACAUUCAGUGAGCAUACGUUACCAAUAAUUCUCCUCCUUGAAAAGCGGGAUUAUCGAAUGUCGUAGAAUGAAUUGAUAUAAAAUAAGUAUAAAGUUUCGACGAUAAAGUAUAUAUAUAUGAGGGUGAUAACAGAAGUAUUCGAAAUAUGUUGGGUCAUUUUAAUGUAUUUUAAAUAAAA